CAGACAAUGUGCCACCGUUUCAAGCAGGGCAGACACACCAAUGUAACUGAGCAAGGAACACAUCACAGCCUGACAGAGAAAGUGAGUACAUUUUCUUUCAUCCCAGCAUGCCGCACUCUUAUUGCAUGACUCGUCCUCUCCUCAUCCAGCUCUAUAAAUAGAUCACUGCCAGGAAUAUCACAUCCUGUGAUCAGCAGAGGAAGGAACAGCAUCAGAAGUGGCCUUCAGGAGGUCAGUGGCUCCAUCAUCUUGCGCGCCCCUGGCUUGCAGCUCAGAGAUGGGCUGCUCAGCUGGCCGAUUGCCCUGCCAGCCUCCGGCCUUGGUACAGCUCCCCACACUGGACCAUGACUUCUGCCAGACCCCGGAUGGCUCAGCACCAAUGCGUGUACCCAAAGCUACAGAAGAUCUCUCCACUCUAGAGCGGCUGGCCCAGGCCACCGGCGGCACUGAGAAAUCAUGGUACCGCUGCGUGUUUCCUUUCGGGGUCAUUUCACUGGUGAUCGGCAUGGCAGGGACCGGCGUCACUUUCACUUUUAACACACUACAUCAAACCAAAGUGGUGUCUCUGGGGCUGCUGGUGGUGGGGUUUGCCAUGCUGUUUAUAGCGGCCGCAUGCUGGAAGGUGCACAGGUCCAGGAGGAGAGAAAAGAAGGAGGGGGGGAUCUUCACUUCGGAGCAGUGCACUUUGUGAGAUGCACUUUAUUCAUUUCAGACCCGUGAAGCACUUAAGAAAGGAAGAACAGUGUCUUCUUAAGUGUUUUGUAGUUUGACGGUGAGUCCUUAACUGUCUGUAACAUCACCCAUCAUUUCAAUGAUGGCCUGGGGAAAGACUUAGUGUAAAUGAGAAUGCUCCCGUUUAUACUUCUGUAUUUUGAUGAGAAGCAUGAGACGAAAACGCUGAAGUAUGUCACAAGAUUUUUAAGACUUUAAACUUAUGCGUGUAAUUGUAAUCCUGACCUGGAGAGAAAUUGUUGGAUGACACAUAGGAGUCAAGAUUUUAUGCUCCCUGACAAUGCUGCAAAUUUCAGAAGAUUAUGCAUUCUCUGGCGGCACCACACUCCUCCCCCUUAAAGGGUUAUUUCACCCAAUAAUGAAAAUUUGCUCAUCCUAAUGUUGUUCAAAACUUCUUCAGAACACAAAAAAGAUACCAAUAAGACAUUUCUCAUAAUACUUUUGUGUUCCCGAGUAGAAAAAGUCAUAUACAGGUUUUGAUUAACAUGAAGAUAGAAGUUUUUGGGUGAACUAUUUUUUAACCUUAAUAUGGGGAGAUAAAAUAUCUGUAAAAUCGUUCAAGUCAAAGGGACUUUAACAGGGUCUUUAAUGUGGGAAACAAAGAUAUUGCUUACAUGAUGCAAAACAAAUGACACAAAUCUCUGGGACAAGGAAGGUUAACAUUUGAUAAAUGAACAAUGAUGAAGACCAACAGCUUCUUAUUUAUGUCUGUUAUAGCAGGGGUGUCAUGAUUUAUUUAUAAUUUGUACAUUUUAUUCAUUUAUUUGUUUGUUUUUGCCUUGAUUUGGAGAGAGUCUAUUUUCAUUAAAAGCAAAUAUAAGCUAAUGGUUGGCAUGAUAACAACAAUAUCAUUUUUAGAAAUUUAGGUACAGUUAGUGUGUGCACAGCAUGUGUACACUUACAUUCUUGUGCACGAUUACAAGUAUUUGCGAGGCAUCAAACUGUUUGUUUUUGUCAGAUAUCAGACUGUUACGUUGUGCUUGAAUGGUUGUGUCAAGUGACUUUGGCAAAGAUAAUACUGAUUGUUAGAAGCUAGGGACUGUGUAUGCGCACAGGAAAACAUUUCUACUCGGUUAUAUUUAUUUCUGUGAAGCUUUUGAUUGUGUGUGUGUGCGCGUGUUUAUGGAUGUAAGCAUUCAGGUAAUAGUUCACCUGCACACUGUAGCUGACACUCGCAGACAGAGUAGAACAGUAUAAAAGCAUCAGAUAUUACAUCUACAUCUAUAGAACAUCUACUGAUAUUACAGCAGUAAAUCAGAGUCUGCUGUGCUGCUGAGAUCUCAUAAAACUAAAUGUGAAUGUCAGUCCAACUGAAUGUGCUGUAGUUUAUGCAAAAAAAGCCAAACAAAAAUAUGAAUUGUGAAUUAUAUGUAGACAAUGCAGCAUAUGUGAAAAUGAUCUGUGUUUGGAUUAUGCUGGUUCUAUUUACUCUGCUUUUGUAUUUCAGCUUUGGUGUGUUUUACAAAAAAAAGAUUUUGUUUUGUAUUUAUUUGUAUUUAUAUGGUAUUUAUUUUGUAUUAUAUGCAUAUAGUUUGUAUAUGUUGUAUAUUUUGUUAUAUAUGCAUAGUACUUUCUCUGUGAGAAGAAUUGCCAGCUGUUUGUAGCCCUUAAUGUGUUAUUUGAGUGCCUGUCUUUUAAAAGUAGAUAUUUUUGUAUUAUCCACCACUGGGUUUAUAUAAAAAUAAAUCAUUUUCAUUUUAAAAAAGCC